UUGGGUUUGGUCAAACGAGCUAGACGCGCCACACAAAAUGGACGAACAUGUGUGAAGAAAAGCCAGAUCGUUAUUCUCAAUUCUUGGUUUUAUCACGGGUUAAAAUGAUUAUAUGGAAUAAUCCCAUGACGCAGAUAAACGUGUAAGGUUGUGGCAAAGUCUUCAAAUAUGGAAGCCGUAAAACACUUCAACAAUGAGCUGUCCAGCUUGUAUGAGGUCAAGCCUCCCAUCUCAAGGGCCAAGAUGACCUCUGUGACUAAGUCUGCUAUCAAAGCUAUCAAACUCUACAAACAUGUGGUGCAAAGUGUAGAAAAAUUCAUACAAAAGUGCAAGCCUGAAUACAAGGUUCCAGGUCUCUACGUGAUUGAUUCAAUUGUUAGGCAAUCAAGGCAUCAGUUUGGAGCAGAGAAGGAUGUCUUUGCUCCCCGGUUUGCCAAGAACAUUCAUGGCACGUUUCAGCACCUGUUCAAGUGUCCUACAGAUGACCGAGCCAAGAUUGUACGAGUGCUGAACCUUUGGCAGAAGAAUGCGGUGUUUGGUGAAGAAGUCAUCCAGCCCCUCCUGGACAUGGCAAACCCCGGUAGCAUAAAAGGAGGAGGAGAUGCCGUAGUUAAGCCAGCUGCCCAUGUACCCGCCCCAGUAGUAGCUGCUUCUGUAGCGCCUGAACCGGUGAAGCAGGAGAAGGGUGCCGCUGAUGUGGGCUCUUGGCUCUCCAAACAUAGUGAAGCUGCCGAACAAGUGCAACAACAACAACAGCAGAUCGAGCAGCUGCAGCUCCUGCAGAAGCAGCUUCAGAAGCAGUCUCAGGUGCCGAAGGCUGCGCCAGGCAUCGAUACGUCUCUUCUGAGCCAGAUGCAGACCUUGACCAGUCAGCUCAAUGUAUUGACCAACCAAGCAUGGACAGGAGACGCGCCGGUCAAGGCGGAGAAGGCCGCACCUCUCCAGCCAGUCAAUACAAACUCCAAACCCUCCGGGUUUAACAAGGCUUUACUUGACUUUGACUAUGGAGAUGAAGAAGAUGAAGAUCAAUCGUCCAAGAAAGAAAUCACCCCCACUCCAAGUACAAUGAUCCCCAGCUUACAGGCAAGCUUGGAGGCAGUUCAGCGUCUUACCCAUCAGCUACAGCAGGCUGAGUCUCAGGAUCAAGUCAAGCCACAGCCAACCUAUCCAGAACCUCAGCAGCAGCAACAACAACAGCAUUUCCAACAAGAAGAGCAGGUAAAUACGGCUCCUGAACCGGGGGAGAUAGAAGCAGAACAAGAACAAGAAGAAGUUGAAGAGAGAGAGGAGUACUACAGGUCAGAUGAGGUCGAGGAGUACAGACGGGAGGAAUCGUCAUCAUCAUCUAAGAGAUCUAGGAGAGAUAGAAGCAGAUCGCAUACUCCAAAGAAGAGCAGACGUUCACGAAGCCGGUCUCGUUCAAGAUCUAGGUCUACCUCAAGAUCCAGGUCCAAGUCUAGGUCGAAGCGGAAACGACGAUCUCGCUCCAGGAGUCGGUCACGCAAGCGGAGAUCACGCUCCCGCGAUCGGAAGGACCGAGACAGGGACCGUGACCGCGAUAGGGAUCGCGACCGGGAUAGAGAGGAGAGACAUCGAGAGAAAGAGAGGGAAAGAGAGAGGGAACGUGAGGAACGAAGAAAGGAGAAAGAAGAGGAGGAGCGCCAAAGGGAAAAACUGAAGGAAAGAGAAAAGAAGGGUCUUCCAUCCAUCAAGGAAAAACAUCUUAGUGUGUGUAGUACAACGCUGUGGUUAGGUCGUCUGGGUAAGAAUAUAGCCGAGUCGGACAUCAGAACACUUAUCGAGGAAUAUGGAGAGAUCGUUUCAGUCGAGAUCAUUGGGACAAGAGGAUGUGCCUAUGUGUGCAUGGCAAAGAGACAUGAAGCCAACAAAACCCUGAAGAAAAUAAAAGACACAAGAUUCCGUGGCAAUAAUCUGAGGGUUGCAUGGGCCCUGGGUAAGGGCAUGAAGGAUGCAAACUACAAAGAGUACUGGGAAGUUGAGAAGGGCGUUAGCUACAUCCCGUGGGAAGAGCUUCCUUCAAGCGGUAACUAUGACGUCAUCGCGCAAGGAGCCAUGAUCGAUGAAGACACGUUGCCCCCGGAAAUCAGAGAAGCCCAAGCCGCUCAUGCAGCUGCUUUGAAGGCAGCAGAAGAGGCUGCAGCUUCUGCCAGUGCAGCUGCUGCUGCUACUACUCCUAUUCCUACCACGGUAGCACCUGCUCCACUGCCUCCUCCAAUGGCUGUAGCAGCCACUAUCCCUGCACCUCCCUUACCAGGCAUGCCAGUGAUGACUCCAGCACAACCUCAGAUCUCUUCUGCACCGGCCGUCCUUCCUGCAGCCACCCAGGUACCAGCUAUGGCAGCCAUACCAACCCCGAUGGCACCCAUGGCAACACAGCCUCAGGUUGCCUCCACUGUCACCACUCCAGCUGCAGUUCCUACACCCCAGAUGGUACGCAUGCCUGUCAUGCCUGGUGGCGUCUUCCCUCCGUUUGUUGGCUUUGGUCAGAUGGCCACUCAAGGUUAUAGAUUCCCUCCAGGAUUCGUUCCAGGACAGCCACCACCGAUUGGUGUUCCUCCUCCAGCUGGAAUGAUACAUCCAUCUGGAAUACCACAAGCCAUGCCACCCUCUAUGCCAAGUGUCAGUCAGGCAACGGCUGCCACUGCAGCACCUCAAGAGGCCCAGAAACCACCACCGCCAGGCAUCUCUCUCGGAGUCGCAGAGCCAAAGACAGAAGCAAGCGAAGAUGUAGCUCCCACAAACAAUAGCAUGGCUGGAUUAACAACUUCAAUGGUUACUUCACAACCUUCAUUUGUAAUGACGGGUGGUAUGAGGCCUCGUUUCAACCUACCAGGCUUAGUGACACAGGGUUUGAUUGUUAAUCCUGGAAUGAUUCCAGGGCAAAGGAUGCCACCUCCCAGAACAUCUAUGUUCCAACCUAUCCCUCCUGCAUCUUCUAUCACAGCAGCUUCAGCAGCAAAUUCAAUAGCAGCUGUCCGUCCUAUCCAGUCAUUAAUGAAUAAUGCAAAUCUUCUGGGUCUCACUCCACAGGCUUUAGAAGCAAUCCAAAAGACAGUGUCAGAGGCUUCAGCAGUUAAGACUGAACCCCCGAAGUUACAUGGAAUCUUGAAGAAUGCAAGGCCGCAACCUGUUCAGGUCCGACCUGCUCAAGUAGCAGGAAUGGGGACGCCUCCUAGGCCUUUUCUUGGACCUGGUAUUAGAGGAUUGAGACCAGUUGGUCUUGCUGCACUACCAAACUCAGGCCAAGGAAAUAACCAGCAACCAGGAGCUGAACCCAAAGAUGCUUCUGCAGUUGGACAACCGGAUAGGCAGGACAAACCCAAUUUGCCAGAAGUGGGAGGGAGUAUGGGUCCUCGACUAGGAGUACCAGAAAGGCAAGGGCCAGGAAAUCAUGGAGCAGUUGGAGGAAACCCUGAUAGGCGAACGCCUGAGAAGCCUGAUGAUCAGGAUGUUGGCUUAGACAAGUUGCAGAUGAUGUUUGGGGAAAGACCUGGUUUGAGACCAGAUAUGGCAGGUAUGCAGAGAUUCCGGCUUCCUGGACCUGGAAUGCCAGGAAGACCGAUGAGGCCAGAGUUUGGAGACGUCAACAGAUUUGCUGGACCUGCACUACGUAUGUUGCGUCCCAUCGUCGGGCAACCAAUGAUGCAUCGAGGAAUUCCUCAGGGUAUGCAGAUCCGUGUAGGUCCUCCCAUGCAGAAUGUAAGGAUAGCUGGUCCAUCUGGAGGUGUCCAGUACCCUCCAAAUAGUGGAAUGCGUGUUCCACCCCCAGGAAUGGGGAAUCCUCGAGGGCCACUGCCAGGUAUGAUGCGUCCACAGGGUAUGCCGCCACGAAAUCAGGGCAUGCGUCCCCCUAAUCAAGGGAUGCCACCACCAAAUCCAGGUAUGCCACCUCCGAAUCCAGGUAUGCCUCCUCCGAAUCAAGGAAUUCCUCCAAAUCAAGGAAUCCCUCCAAACCAAGGAAUUCCUCCAAACCAAGGAAUUCCUCCUCCUAACCAAGGAAUGCCUCCGGACAUGAACGACCAACCCAAGAGGCCUGGACCAAAUGUUCCUCCACUCUUACCUGAAAAACGUGAAGGGCAAAAUAGGAGAGAUGAAGAUCCAAGAAGGCAAAGUGGAGCACCUAGUAGAUGGAGUAAUGCUGCUCCGGAUGAAGGGAAUAAGUUCCCAAGUCGCUGGCAAGAUGUAAACCAACCAGAGUGGAGAAAUAGGAACAGAGGUGGUAAUGACCAAGGUGGAAGAGAUAGUGGAGGGUUUGGCAGGGAUGUUGACAUGAGGAUGCAUGAGAGUCCACGAGAUAGGGACUUCCGCCGACCAGAGGAAGGGGAUCACCAAGAAAGGGGGUGGAGAAAAGAUCGUGGAGAUCGUGAUGAUCGAUUUUCCCGUGACAGAGAUGAUCGUUAUUCACGACGUGAUCGGGAUUCAGACAGAGAAAGGGAGAGAGACCGGGGUUGGCAAGAUCGUGAGAGAGACCGCAAUCGUGAACGUGAUAGAGGACGCGAUAGAGAUAGAGACCGUGAAAGAGACAGGGAUUGGCGAGAUCGUGACCGUGGUGACAGAGACAGAGAUUAUCGCAGGGACAGGAACAGAGAGAGGGACACUGGACGUGAAGUCCCUCCUGGAGAAUGGAAGCCUGUCGGUAAGGAGCCACCUCAAAGCUCUGAAGUAGAUCAAAGCACAAGUGCUGAAGGUGCAGUUCCGGAUGCCUCUGCCUCUGCUCCUGGACUUCCUCAGGAGGCAAUCAUGAAACCUUCAGAUACUCCACAAGCUGUGCUUCCUGCCCAGCCAUUUGAGGCAGCAGAGCCUAGACGGCCAUCCUUUGCUGAAGAUAGCUAUGAACCCGAUAAACCAACUGAAGACACUGAGCCAGCAUAUCCAGAAAUGUCCUCCGCAGCCAUUCCUCCAUCUGUUCCACCACCAGCCGAACCAAUGGAAGACUUCGGAGGUGCGCCUGGCGAUGUUCCUGGUGUUGCUGACAUGCCUCAGGAGCCUGUUAACGACAGUACUAAGCAUGAACCAGUCGGACCAUACCCUGAACCUCCAGUCCGUGAAGAAGCACCGCCACCAGAUCCUGCCAUGCCGGCAUCGCCGGAUAUGCCACAGGCAGCAUCCGAGCCUGCUCCAACUGAAACUGCCCAAGUAGAAACUGAGCAAAGUCAGUCUAAAGAUGGACAAUCAGAAUCAGGGAAGCCUGAAGAAUCUUGAACUUUCCUUGUCCGUGCAAAAAGUGCCAAUGAUUCUACUUAUAUUUUCACUGUAAUGGUGUGAGGUUGCUUUUAUGAACCAAAUCCGUAUCUGCACUCUGUCAGGUUUUCUCAUAGAAUAUCAACAGUCUCUGGGGAUCACAGGCAUUUUUGUGCCUUUGUGAUAAUCCAAAUAUUUUGUUGUGUAUAAAUUGUUCUGAAAUGAAAUGUAAUUUUUUUUAAUUUUAUCAAAGUCAGCAACAUGUAUGUAGGAAAUGAUAGUUUUGCCUGAAAGAACCCCAAAUAUUCUUGACAAAGUAGCAGUAUAUAUGUU